CGAACUUUUCGCUAAAUUUCAAAACCAGCUGAAUAAGGCAUUAAAAUUAGCUUUAACACAUAUUUAUUUAUUUAUUUGUUUAAAAUAUGUAAUUUGUGAAGAAGCAGUUUUUAUAAAAAGGGAAAUCUUUGGAUAGCUGCCAAAUGCUGAAACAAAAACUACCGUGUCCAAAUACCUACAUAUGUCGGUUGCGUUCGAUAUUAUCACCAAGAAUUGUCUUUAUCUGCCGUGUCUACUAAGUACAAACAAGAAGUACAAAAUUGUUCCCAGAAUUUGUACCACAAUAAAGUUAUAUACCAACAUAUGGGUCAGCUUAUGUCGCUAAUUAGCGCCACUUGCUUAAUUUGCAAUUAUUUCAUUUUUUCGAAAGGUUUUAUGAACCGGCAACAUUAUUUCCAACAAAACAAUUGAGAAAACGAUUAAAAAUAAAAUAAAUUAUAGUUUGUCGCCUGUCAAUAAAAACAAUGUAGACAAGAUUGUAGGCAAUUUGGUGAUGAUGUCACAUGCAUAGUAGACAAAAAUGGUCGAAUACAUGCAUUUCAGUUACGAAUAGUCCAUUUACAAAUACCUUAGUUUCACUUCAAGAUAUAGCAAGUCCAGUAUUUCAAAACCACAAAACGAAAGAAUGGACCAAUUUAGACAACAUCACCUUCUCGUUUGACUGCACAAAACGUCCCGUUGGAUUUUAUGCUGAUAUGGAAUAUAAUUGCCAGAUUUUUCAUAUGUGUGACGAGGAAGGAAACAGAAUUCCACAUUUGUGUGCGAACGAAACAUCCUUCAAUCAGGAGUAUCGCAUCUGUGAUUGGGAUUAUAACUUCAAUUGCACGGAAUCGCCAAAAUGGUUCUAUUUGAACGAACUAACCUAUGCCACAGAGCCGCCUGAUGAAGACGAGGAUUACGUAUAGUUAGCGGAGGAUGACCUAUUUCUGACUCUUUGGCCAAUAUAAGAGGAUAUCCGAACGAAACCCCUAUCAAAGAAUUAAAAAACCAUAAAUAAAUUUGAAAAACAAAAAUAAUCGCAAUACUUGUUGACACCUUUUCUAUAUGAAAUGAUCCAUGUAAAAAAGUUGUAUGUAUUUAAUAUAUAUGUAAGCUUAUUUUAUUCUUACUAUUGUAAAUUUUCAUUAUUAUAUUCUUUUGCCCAUUUACAAACACAAAAAAAAAUUGUACUGUUGUGUAGCGUGAUUAGUUUGAAACUUGUUGAUAUUUUAGCCAAUAAAUAGUAUGUUGAAUAUGUUGUAAAAAUUGUA